AUGCGGUUCACUCAGGCACUUUUGCUGCUUGCGGCGGGCGCUGCACAGGCAGCAUCGUCUUGGAGCUUCGACGACGCCAGUGUGUCGGUUGCUGCCAAGAAGGGCAGUGAUGCCAUCAAGGAGAAGUUCAGCCAGAAGGCCCCUCUUACGAAACCCGUUGGACUUGGAAGCACCGAUACCGUCAAGAUUAUCUUGACUGCGAAGGAAGAUGGCAAGGCAAAGCGGCCGCACCAGGCCUUUGUGACCAUCAAGGAGCAGGAAACUGGGCUCGAGGCUCCUUUCCCCUUGACGGUCAAGGACACCGGCAAGGCGGUGGUACAGAUUUCUCAGAAGGAUCUCCCCGUCCAAUUCCUCUUGUCGCCCAAGCCCCUCAAGGCGUCCGUGGUCAUCGGCUCCUUCGGCGAGGCUCGCGCUGUCAACACCCCGGUCUUCGACAUCGAACUCCAGACGGAUCCCAAUGCCCCGGUGCCCAAGUACGAAGCGCCCGUUCGCUACGGCAAGAAGCCUGAGAUUCACCAUAUCUUCCGCCCUGGUCCGCAAAGCCCGCCCAAGGUCAUUUCGCUAUUCUUUGCCCUUGCCGUAGCCGCUAUGGUUCCGGUUCUUUUCAUCAGCUGGCUCUUGCUCGGCGCAAACGUCAACCACUUGACCAAGGCCCUCGGUGCCGCGCCCUUGUCGCACGUUACCUUCUUCGGCUCCAUCGUGGCCAUGGAGGGUGUGUUUUUCAUGUACUAUACCAGCUGGAACUUGUUCCAGGUCCUUCCCGUUGCUGGCGUGGUGGGCGUCGUCACCGUGCUGAGCGGCACCAAGGCUCUGGGAGAGGUUCAGAGCAGACGUCUCGCAGGGGAACGCUAA